GGCAGCUUGCUGCCGAAACGUUGGAGAUAAAAAUCUGAAUUGGAGUUUUUUAUAAAAAAAAUUUUUUUUAAAGUUUUAUUAACUGCACUGUAACACGAGAAAAACUACUACUGCAACGUGAGGCGCGGCCAUCUUAUUCAAUGUACACGUCACCAUGUUAACGCAACACUGCUUCCGCUCUGAGAAGAAGUUGUCAAAGGGCAGCCAUCUUGUUUCCCGUUGCUGUUUAAAUAAAAUAAAUAAUAGGGUGAGCUGGACUUCACUGCGAAACCGUAAUUCAGAACCGGAGGCAGCAUGUCGGCAGACAGCUCGUUUGGAGGGAGCAGCGAUGCCCAGCAGAGCCUGCAGUCCUUCUGGCCACGCGUGAUGGAGGAGAUCCGCAACCUCACCAUGAAGGAUUUUCGUGUGCAGGAGCUGCCACUCGCCCGCAUCAAGAAGAUCAUGAAGCUGGACGAGGAUGUGAAGAUGAUCAGCGCUGAGGCGCCGGUCCUGUUCGCCAAGGCGGCCCAGAUCUUCAUCACAGAGCUCACCCUGCGGGCCUGGAUCCACACCGAGGACAACAAGCGGCGCACGCUGCAGAGGAACGACAUCGCCAUGGCGAUCACAAAGUUUGAUCAGUUCGACUUCCUGAUUGACAUCGUCCCCCGGGACGAGCUGAAGCCCCCCAAGAGGCAGGAGGAGGUGCGUCAGUCCGUAGCCCCAGCAGAGCCGGUGCAGUACUACUUCACUCUGGCGCAGCAGCCCGGGGCCGUGCAGGUCCAGAGCCAACAGCAGGGCCAGCAGGCCUCCGCCCCCACCGCCACCCUGCAGCCCGGCCAGAUCAUCAUCACCCAGCCACAGCAGGGACAGGUACCACUGCCCGUAUGCAUACACACACACACACACGCACUCACACACACACAUAUACACACACACACACGCACGCACACACACGUGCACGCACACACACACACACACACACACACACACACGGCACCCUGCAGCCCGGCCAGAUCAUCAUCACCCAGCCACAGCAGGGACAGGUACCACUGCCCGCAUGCGCACACACACACACACACACACACGCACACACACACACACACACACCGCACCCUGCAGCCCGGCCAGAUCAUCAUCACCCAGCCACAGCAGGGACAGGUACCACUGCCCGCAUGCACACACACACACACACACACACACAAACACACACACACACCGCCACCCUGCAGCCCGGCCAGAUCAUCAUCACCCAGCCACAGCAGGGACAGGUACCACUGCCCGCAUGCACACACACACCACACACACACACACACACACACACCGCCACCCUGCAGCCCGGCCAGAUCAUCAUCACCCAGCCACAGCAGGGACAGGUACCACUGCCCGCAUGCACACACACACACACACACACACCGCCACCCUGCAGCCCGGCCAGAUCAUCAUCACCCAGCCACAGCAGGGACAGGUACCACUGCCCGUAUGCAUACACACACACACACACACACACACGCACUCACACACACACACACACACACACAUAAUAUAUACACACACGCACACGCACACGCACACGCACACGCACACGCACACGCACACGCACACGCACACACACCAGCACCCUGCAGCCCGGCCAGAUCAUCAUCACCCAGCCACAGCAGGGACAGGUACCACUGCCCGCAUGCGCACACACACACACACACACACAAACACACACACACACACCGCCACCCUGCAGCCCGGCCAGAUCAUCAUCACCCAGCCACAGCAGGGACAGGUACCACUGCCCGCAUGCACACACACACACACACACACACACACACACACACACACACACCACACACACACACACACCGCCACCCUGCAGCCCGGCCAGAUCAUCACCCAGCCACAGCAGGGACAGGUACCACUGCCCGCAUGCACACACACACACACACACACAUACACACGCACACUCACACGCGCACACACACCGCCACCUUGCAGCCCGGCCAGAUCAUCAUCACCCAGCCACAGCAGGGACAGGUACUGCAGGGAGCCACUAUGCAGCAGCUACAGCAGGUGCAGGUGGCUCAGUCACAGGCCACGCCCAUCACGAGCGCUCCCGUGACCAUGCAGGUGGGAGAAGGGCAGCAGGUGCAGAUCGUGCAGGCGGCUGCGCAGGGCCAGGCUCAGACUGCGCAGCCGGCAGGGCAGACCAUGCAGGUCAUGCAGCAGAUCAUCACAAACACAGGAGAGAUCCAGCAGAUUCCUGUGCAGCUUAACACAGGCCAGCUACAGUACAUCCGUCUGGCCCAGCCCGUCUCUGGCACACAGGUUGUUCAAGGACAGAUCCAGACCCUCGCCACCAACGCGCAGCAGAUUACGCAGACCGAGGUACAACAAGGACAACAGCAGUUCAAUCAGUUCACUGACGGGCAGCAGUUGUAUCAGAUCCAGCAGGUGACGAUGCCAGCGGGUCAGGAGCUGGCCCAGCCCAUGUUUAUCCAGUCCACCAGCCAGACGGCCGACGGCCAGGUGACCACACAGGUCAGCGCGGACUGAGGCUCCCGACUCCCCAAGACUGGCACCCACAACGCAAUAACUCACUGGUCCAGGGUCCUAGGGACGCCCCAGUCCCACGCCCCCCCUCCAAGCCCCGAGAUCCCCUCCCUCGCCCGAGUCACGCCAGCGCAGCUGCCCUCCUGCCCGACAUCCGCCCCGUCACCCCAGCCAUGCCCACAGCGCACCCUUUUGGUCCAUCGAAUGCCCGACACAAACCAGCUCAUCGGAGUGAGGCCAGCCUCACGCUGCUUAUCGUUAUCUUUUCUUUCCGCGUCGUCAUUUUCUCCGUCCCCUAACGUGUGCGUGUGUGUGUUUGUGUGUUUGUGUGUGUGUGUGUGCAUACGUGUGCGUGCGCGCGUGUGUGUUUGAGUGCAUAUGCGCAUCUCCCCAUAUGGUAUACCGUGCUUCUGUCUUGUGCAGUCCUUCAUCAAUCCCUCUGGACCAGAAAUCAGGAACUCCCCCCCUCAGAACCCCCCGGCCCAUGCCCCGCCCACACUUUUACAGCAGGGAGUGGCAGCUCAGUUCUGCAGGGUCCCACCCUCCCUCUUUUUUGUUAACCCCUUCACUGCGGAAGAGCUCCUCACCCCCUGGUCUGCCCUGGUGUGAGUCGCCUGUAAAAAAUACACUAGGCCUCUUGUGGAACAGAACAAAUCCUCUUUUUUAAUCAUUACAUCUUUUGUAAGAAUUCAUAAAUGUAAUGUAGAAUUUUUCUCUCAUUUUUUUGGUAUUGGAAUAUAAUUUUCCCCUUGCCCCUCAAUUGGUCUGUCCCUUUUAUUUUGUCGUAUUAUUACAAUUCUUAUAAUUGUUGUUUUGCAUGUAGUUAAAACUGCCAGCAUGAUAUGCAAUAGAUAGGUACAAAUAUGACUUUUUGUUGUUCUUUUUUGUAAACAAACGAUGGUUUGUGAAAAAUUCAAAUAAAGAGAUGAAAUUGG